CCGCUCUCUCGGCCGAAAGUACGGCGAAAAGUCCGCGAGCGGCGGCGGCGGCGGCGGCGGCGGCUGCAGGGCAGGAUGGGGUCCGGCUCGUCCAGCUACCGGCCCAAGGCCAUCUACCUGGACAUCGAUGGGCGCAUCCAGAAGGUGGUUUUCAGCAAGUACUGCAACUCCAGCGAUAUCAUGGACCUCUUCUGCAUCGCCACGGGCCUGCCGAGGAACACGACCAUCUCCCUCCUGACCACAGACGACGCCAUGGUCUCCAUUGACCCCACCAUGCCCGCGAAUUCAGAACGCACGCCGUACAAAGUGAGACCUGUGGCCAUCAAGCACCUGUCCGAGAGAGAAGAGUUAAUCCAGAGCGUCCUGGCCCAGGUGGCAGAGCAGUUCUCCAGAGCGUUUAAAAUCAACGAGCUGAAAGCAGACGUCGCCAGCCACCUGGCAGUGCUGGAGAAGCGUGUGGAGUCAGUGGAAGGACUGAAAGUCGUGGAGAUCGAGAAAUGCAAGCGUGACAUUAAAAAGAUGAGGGAGGAGCUGGCGGCCAGAAGUAGCAGGACCAACUGUCCCUGUAAGUUUAGCUUUCUGGAUAACAACAAGAAGCUGACCCCUCGACGUGAUGUCCCCACCUACCCCAAGUACCUGCUGUCCCCAGAGACCAUUGAAGCCCUCCGUAAGCCCACCUUCGACGUCUGGCUGUGGGAGCCUAACGAGAUGCUGAGCUGCCUGGAGCACAUGUACCACGACCUGGGCCUGGUCAGCGACUUUGGCAUCAACCCCGUCACACUCAGGCGCUGGCUGCUCUGUGUGCACGACAACUACCGAAACAACCCCUUCCACAACUUCCGGCACUGCUUCUGUGUGGCCCAGAUGAUGUACAGCAUGGUCUGGCUCUGCAACCUGCAGGAGAAGUUCUCCCAAAUGGACAUCUUGAUCCUCAUGACGGCGGCCGUCUGUCACGACCUGGAUCACCCGGGAUACAACAACACGUACCAGAUCAACGCCCGCACCGAGCUGGCCGUGCGCUACAAUGACAUCUCGCCACUGGAGAACCACCACUGCGCCGUGGCCUUCCAGAUCCUGGCCCGGCCCGAGUGCAACAUCUUUGCCAAUGUGCCACCCGAGGGCUUCAAGCAGAUCCGGCAGGGCAUGAUCACAUUAAUCUUGGCCACUGACAUGGCGAGGCAUGCAGAAAUCAUGGACUCUUUCAAGGAGAAAAUGGAGAAUUUCGACUACAGCAACGAUGAGCACAUGACACUGCUGAAGAUGAUCCUGAUAAAGUGCUGCGACAUCUCCAACGAGGUGCGGCCCAUGGAAGUGGCAGAGCCAUGGGUGGACUGUCUCCUGGAAGAGUAUUUCAUGCAGAGCGACCGUGAGAAGUCGGAAGGCCUUCCUGUGGCCCCGUUCAUGGACCGAGACAAAGUGACCAAAGCUACAGCCCAAAUUGGGUUCAUCAAGUUUGUCCUGAUCCCGAUGUUUGAAACAGUGACCAAGCUCUUCCCCAUGGUGGAGGAACUCAUGCUGCAGCCCCUGUGGGAAUCCCUGGACCACUACGAGGAGCUGAAGCAGCUGGACGAUGCCAUGAAAGAGGUAAAGCUACAGAAAAAGACUGAAAGCUUGGCCUCAGGGGCCACCGAGAAAUCCAGAGAGAAAAGCAGAGACUGGACGAAGAGGGAAGGCAGCCCAUCUCCAAACUGAUGUCUCGGUGCAGAGGUGCACACGGGCUGCCUGUGUUGAGAAGUGACAGCCACGGGAGCUGGAGGGGACACUGGUGACUGCCGAGUGGGGGAAGAGCGCGGUUUGUACACUGUCAGAAAGGAUGAGGCCGGUGGCAAAGCAGCUCUUGGAGCCCAGGAAGACAGAGAAGAGCUGGGCAUGGUGGCACACACCUAUGAUCCCAGCACUCUGGAGGCUGAGGCAGGAGGAUCACUGCAAGUUGGAGGCCAGGCUGGGCUCCAGAGUGAGUUUGAGGCCAGCCUGAGCUACCUAGUAGGACCAUGUCUCAAAAUACACACAAAAAACAUAAAACAAACAAAAAGGAUGAUGGAAAGGGUGGAUGCAGGAGGGGAAUCUUCCUCUCCUGGACUACAGCCAUGGAGCCCUCCUGCCUUCAGGGCACUAAGCCACCUGCCCUUUGGAUCAGCAAGGGGCCUGGGGAGGACUGUGCCAUCCCAAUCCCCAUCUGUCAGCCCUGGGCUGCCCACUGCCUGCCACAUGGUCGGGGCCAGCCUCCAAAGAACGUUUGCAGCUCCCCACCAUACCCCCUGCUAACCAGCACACGUGCACCCCAGCUGUCCUUUGUUACUGCUGAGCAUGGGGCCUGGGUGGGUGGAGCAGUCUGUACAGCCCAUGAGCUGAAGGACACGGGGCUGGCUGCGGUUCUGUGCUGCUGUGAACACCUGCCUUCAAUGCUCACCCACACGUGUUUGCACUGAUCCGAGUCCCCUUUCCUCCAGGAUGGUGCCGAGGAAACCUGAAAACCAUCCCAGGAAGGGGGAGCCGGAGGAGGUCCCGAGGGAAGGCCUCGCUGGGUGCCGGUAACAGGGACUAUCACAGGCCACCCACAGACAAAGUCCUUCCACAGGUCACAGGAGCCACAACUGCCCAGCCCAACCCUGGGGAUCCAUCCUGUGGCCAAGGAGUACUGGUUCAAAACCACCUGUGUAACCCUGUUUCUUUUGUCUCUCUUUGCCUCCUGAGUGUACUGUAACCUGGCACAGCACACACAGCCCCACUGCUACGAAACCCCCAGUACACUCAAGACGUUCGAAGGCUGUUAUUUAGGUUGUGGCACAAGCAGGUGUUGGACCACAGUCAUCGGGCCUUUUGCUUUCUAAGAAACUCCCAAACCGACGUCCAGAGUGCCUGUGCCUUUCACCUCCCACCAGCAAAGCCCAUCCUUUUGAGUACCUGGGAGUCACCUCUGUGCUUCAGCCAGUGCUGCACGUGUAGCAAUGCCACAGUGUGCCUGCCGCGACAGGGUCCGUGACAGCUGGACGGGGACAUCCUCUCUGGAUACAGGUCACCCCUGUCCACUUUCUAAUCAGAUUGCUUGGGCGGUUUUCCUUGUUUUUACUGUUAUGCUCUUUGUAUGAUCUGUAGUCCUCUGUUGAAUGGAGGCUUUGCAAAUACUU